AUGAGAAAGAUCUGGAUUAGGAAGGAUAAGGAUAAUCGAAGAAGAAGUUUAUCAACUAGUAAACCAGGCAAUAGAAAUGACGAGAACCAAAGACUGCUGCCACAACCGCAACCGCAAGAAAAUACAACAGUGACCUACGCGUCCGAAUUUGAUUAUUAUGGUAUAGACCUGGCGUCUUCUUUACUUGAAGCUAGUACAUUAGUCUCAGAUAAGCAAUCUAUUACCUCAUCACAACCCACGUCAGUAUCCAAGUCGAGAACCCAUACCAGUAAAAUAUCAAUAACAUCCAACAAUGGUUAUUACAAAUCGUUAAACCCUCGUAAAGGAUCAGUGUCCUCCAUUUCCAGUUUACAGAAUCCAACUAAGUUAUCAUCCUUAAUCAAACCUGACUUUGAUGGUACUAUAGUUAAAACUACUUGGGUCAAUGCCGUGGUUAAUAAUAAUGAAGUUAGUGAACGUAAUUUACGAUUAUUUAGAGCUGAGCUUAAAGGAGCUCAUUUAUACUUGUACAAACCUGUAACAAAUUUAAACAUAAAGAGAUUUAGAUUAGAAGAAGAUAUAGUUGAGAAUACCGAAUUUGAUAGCGAAUCAAUAAAUUCACAAUCCCAAAUUGAUCCACCAACACCUCCAUCUAAGGAACAAAGAGGAUUAGAGUCCCUCAACCAAUCAAUUCCCUCUCUGGGAUCUAGAAAGUUACCUGAUAAUCAUAGUCUACCACCAACACCACUUAGUGCUUUACAACAAUUCCCACCUCGAUCAUUUAUUAUACCUGAAUCUCCAAUUAGUUAUUUAAAGACAAGAAUACCUCAUCCUGAUUUAAAGUAUGACAUGGUGAGCCACAAAUUUACAACUCCUUUGGUAUCAAUAGAGAAAGGCACAGGUGCCAAUUCAAUAGAAGCUUUGGUUCAUUUCAUUCUUUUUGCUCAUGAGGAACUUGAUGAAGAAUCGGUCAAGACUGCGAUUAAUAUCUUACCUAUAUUCCCUGAUUUUGGAUCUGUAUUAAGAUUAUUUACUACUUUUUUAACCGCAAUUUUUGAAGGCAAGUUCGAAGGAACUAUAAACAAUUGCAUAUUAAUAAAGAGGAUUUUAAACUUGUUAACCAAUAUUGAACAGAAUUUCUGUGGAUUUUUAUUGAAAUCAGAUAUUGCCCCUUAUAUCUUGGGACUUAUAGAAGUUAUUACCUCCAAUCUUGAUCAAGAAACGUACAAGAAUGAAUUUAAUGAGAUUGAAAUAUUCAAGAAGAAGAUGUUACAGAAACAACAAAUGUUAAUUGAAUUGGUAAACAAUGAUAUACCUGCUCAUAUCCAACCUUUCCAUGAUUUGAAAUCAACCACAUUCAUGCUGGAAAUCAAUUUAAUAGACUUUGCUCGAAGUAUAAGUGAAAUAGAUUUGAAGUUUUUCCGUUGUUGGAAUUCAGAUAUUGAUAAAUCCUUAUUAUUAUUAUCUUCAUUGAACUCAAGAGAUUCUUCCACUGGAUUCUAUAAAAAGAACCCAUUGGUAUUUAAUAAUGAUCACCAUAUCCAUUAUUUAUCACGAUUAUUGAUUAGUCACUUGUUCCUUGAAAACCAUGUAGCAGUUCAUACAUCAUCUGUUGCAGAAACUAAAGCAAGAUUAUUAGAGAAAUGGAUUGAUUUGGGUUGUUUAUUGGACAAAUCAGGUAACAUGUCUUCAUGGCUAGGUAUAUCUUCAAUUGUUUUAUCUCAACCAGUAUUAAGAUUAACAAAUGUUUGGUCAUUGGUUUCAAGUGAAUAUAUUAAAUUGUUGAAAAAUGAUUGGUCUCCAGUAUUGUUUGAAUUGGAUCGUAGGUUCUUGUCUACUGAUACUUUCACGUCUUCCGAAAUGAAAUUGAGGAGAAGUGAUGAUACUAAUAAUGCUGAUGGAAUUAGUUCAACUGAUUCAUAUCAUAUUAUGGCCCCAAGAGGAUUAGGUAAGAUUUAUGCCAAGGAAAAGAUUGUGCCAUAUUUUGGUGAUCUGGUAAUUAAUAAUAUGGAAGGUACUUCAGCAACUAAAUAUUGUAGUGAUAUUUAUGAAUUAGAUUCAGUUUGGAAAAGAAUUCAAUAUUCAUUUAAACGUUGGAAUGAUUAUAUUUCAAAUUUAGAAAACCAUGAUGAAAUUAUAAGUUAUAAUGACGAUGUUUUACGUCGAUAUGAUGCAAUGGGAUUCAUAUUCUCCAAUGAAAGUUUGAAUCAAGUGUUAUAUUUAGGUGCAAAUAAUGAAAACGACAAAGAAUUACCAAAUACAGCUAGACCAAAGUUCCCAAUUCCACCUAGAAGUAAUCAAGAUGCACAUAUCACAUUUGCAUUACUUAAAUUAAUCGAACUUAAUUGUGAAUCAAUGAAUUUGGAACAAAUAAUGAAAUUAUCACUUGCUUUUGAACCAGAAUUACCGGAAGGUUAUUUAAGUCCAACAACUAGUACUUCUGUGGUUCCUCAAACUCCAUUAGAAUUAACAUUUAUGAGAAACAAGAGUCAAUCAAACACAUCUUUAAACUCAAUGGAAUCUGGAAGUUCAAUAUCUGGUAUUUCUGUCGAUGGGAAUGAAUUUAAUCCAAAUUCUAGAAUUCCAUUAUUCAACAACAAGUUUUUUAAAUUGGAUAUACUCAAAUAUGAUCAUUUAACACCUUCAGAUGAAAAAUCUAACGCCAUGUUAUUGGAUCCAAUAGGAAAACAUAAUUUUGCAAUUGAUGAUGAAUUAACUUUUAGAAUUGAUGAUUUUGUUACCGAAGUUGAGAAUUUAAAUCCAAAUUCUUCCUUCACUGGUGAAUUUGAUGAUGAAAACCAUCAAGGAGUUGGAAAUGGAGAUGGGGAAGAAGCCAAUACUUCUGUUCAUAGUGGACUUGGACUUGACGUGGAAGGAUUUUUGAAUUCUGAUCAAUUCACAAGUAUACCUUCAUCACCCAAAAGGAAUAAGAAUGGAAGAACUUCUACCAGUGGAACUUUUGAUUUAAGAAAAACAUAUAAAUUUAUCCCAAAAUUCGCAACUAUGGAUAAAUUAAUUGAUUUAUUAUUGCUUGAUGCAAAAUAUUUCCAUGAAGAUAUUGUAAUGGAUUUAACUGAAUAUAGAUUUGUGUUUUUGUUGAAUUAUACUUCAUUUAUGACCACUAAGGAAUUGUUAAACAAAUUAGCACAUAGAUUUAUAAAUUCUGGAAAUGCGGUGAUUUCUGUCAUGAAGAAGAAUAGUUAUUUGAAGAAACACAAGGCUGAAAGUGCUAAUGGUGGUGGUACUAAUAAGAAUCAAAAAUCCACUCCUGGUGCUACUGCUUUUGAUCAGGUGUUACGUUUGCCUUUUGAAUUUCCAAAUUGGAGCUUAGAUAAUACUGCUGAUCCAAGUGAGUUGGGAGAAGUAGAUUAUGAAUUAUUAUUGAAGAUUCAAAUUAAUGUAUUAAAGGUUUUGAUUGUGUUGGUUAAUAAUUUAUAUUCUAACUUUUCAGUUGAUUUAGGUAAUAAGCAAAUCUUAAUGAAGUUGUUGAAAUUAUUUAGUAAUGAAAUCUUACAUUGGUAUAAUUCAAACAAGAUUGAUGCUAAUUUAGAACCUACUUUUGAAAGCUUGGUUUCAUAUUAUAAGAAAUUAAAGAAGAUCUUUGUCAAGAAAGUAUAUCGUCCAGUUGAAAUUCUGAAGUUUGAAGAAUAUUUAAUUAAUAAAUUCAAAUUUGAUAAUUCAAUUCAUGAAGUUCCAGUGAAUAGGAAUUUACCUGGUUAUAAAAACAUUCACAAGAUUGAAAAAUUUCUUCAUAAGUUUAAUAAAUUAUUAGUAGGGUUCUAUAAGGGAAUCAGAGCAGAAGAUUGGGUUAAGGUUCAUAAGAUUUUGGAAAAUUCAUUUGAAAAGAAUUGUCUUUUAGAUUAUAAUUUCCAAAAGGCAACUACUCCAGAUUCAAAUAUGAUAAUUUCAAAUAUUUUUACCUAUUUUGAAUCCUUGGUUAUUCCUGAUCAAAAAUUAUUAUUAUUAAAUGAAUUCCCACUUAUAUUCCGAAAAUUAUUUAAAUUAUAUUUCAAAUUCAAGAAUUAUUUAUCAAUUCAAAUUUGUGAUAGUGGACUUACAUCUGAAGAAAGAUUAGAUCGUAUGAGGACUUUAUUGAUAAUGGGUAAGAUUUGUCGCUUGAAAAUGACUGAUAAUCAGUUUGUAUUUGAAGGUAAAAACAAAGGAAAUAUCCCAUCAUUUAUUGAAACUGCUAUUAUUAAUGUUAUUUAUUCUCCAUCAAGCAGAGCUCUUGCAAACUUAUGGAUAAAAGCAUCGAGAUCUCUAUUGGGAGAUGCUCCACCAGCACAACCAAUUUACUAUGAUGAUGUUUAUCUGUUGUUCCCAAACAAUCUUGAUGAAAAUGAUAUGCAAAUUCAAGAACCUUUGUUACCAUGUUUUGGAUGGAUAAUUGAGAAUUUGAUUGAAAUGAAUAAAUGUCCAUCAUUUUUCAAAUCAAUGGUGAAUUUUAAUAAAAGAUAUCUUAUCUUUAAACUAGUGAGGGAAUUAACGGUUGAAGAAUUUGAAGGUGAAGAAUUUACGUAUAGUGAUAGUCAUGAAUUUGAUUUCCUUUUCAGUCUUGAUGAUGCAUUGAAUACUCCAUAUAUUCUUCGUGAAAUGUCUCCAUAUAAUAUUGACGAUUCUACUAAAUUGUUUGUAUCGGUCAUUAGAGAACAACGUCGUAUAUUAUUGGCUGAUAAUAGUAAGAAACUGAUCAAGGAUACCAAAGAAGCACAAAAUAUGAGUCAACAAGUUCCAACAGCAGAGAAUAAUGGUUCAAGUUUCCUUCAAACAAUCUCCAAGAAAACUUCAGCAAAUUCACUCAAGAGACAAUCUUUGGCAUAUAAAACAAGUGCGGCGUCAAGAUUUAAAAUAACUGGAUUAUUCAGAACCGCAAAAUCAUUUUCAUUAUCAAAUGUUCCGGAAGCGGUUGUUCAUUUCAGUUUGUUACCUAGUCCUGAACGUCAACAUCAUGUCAAACAAAAAGCUCAUACGAUAAUUUCAUUAAAGAAUAGAAAGAUAUUCCCAGUUUAUAUAAUGCCUUUGGGAUUCAAGAUUGAUUCAGAAGUUACUGGUGAAUCUUACUUUUUCCAAUGUACCACCAACAAUGAGUUGAAUGAUUGGUUGAUUAAAUUAAAUUAUGCCAAUCGUCAUUGGUUUUUCUCAAGAAGUCUUAAUUCCAAGAAUGUUGGAGGAUCACUUACAUUUGGAGUACCAAUUAGUCAUGUUUGUGCCCGUGAUGGUACAGCGUAUCCAUCAUUCUUGGAAGGAAUCUUUCAAGAAAUCGAAAAUAAUGGAAUCAAAGAUGUUGGUAUUUAUAGAAUCAGUUGUGCUGUUACUGAAUUGGCAAAUUUAAAAUCAACUAUUGAUAGAAUUGGUACACUUGAAUUUCAUUUGAGAAGUUAUGACACUCAUGCUUUGACUAGUGUAGUGAAGACAUAUUUUAGAGAAUUACCAGAUGCUUUACUUACUGAUAAGGUCAUCAAUGGAUUUUUUGAAAUUAGACAUGAAGCAACAACAUCAGAUGAAUCUUCUGGUUGGAUUGAAAAAUAUAUAAAUAUAUUGAUGUCGUUACCACAAUCCAACUAUAGAACCUUCAAAUUGUUGAUUGGUCAUUUGAACAAGGUGAGUCAGUUUAAUGCCAAUAAUAAAAUGACUGCUUCGAAUCUUGCUACUGUUAUUGGUCCUGCUUUGACUGAAGCUAGUCAUUUAGAAAUUCUUGUUAAUAAUUUUGGAUUUAUGAAUUCAAUUUUGGAAAGAUUGAUUGUCAAUUAUGGUGUUUUAUUUGAAGAUGUGGUUGAAACUCAUUCUAAUGAUAAUUCCAAAUCAAGUAUGGUUCGUGAACCUCUGUUUGAUAAAGAUUUGACAGAGAAAAGAUUCUCUACUUCCAGUUCAAGAAUAGAGACUUAG